CGCCCACUGUAGGAUGCUGCGCUUGUGAACGACUACCGAAUGUAACUGGUAAACCGGCCAAUGAGAAAGUCACGACUGCAACUAGAAUACCAUACUCACAAUACGCUACACGCCGAUAUUGAUGUUCAGGAUAGUACAAGGUCACGCUUUAGAUCAGCAGAACAGCUGAUACUGAAAUAAAUUAAAAAACGAACGAAGGGAAGCUCAUAAUCACUUCGACAAGAAGACAGGGGUGCGUGACUGCAGAGAGGAGAGACUUAGCUUACUUUUGCUACCAAGUCGGACAUCAUCACUACAUUCCCACCAAGGAGGUCUGAAUCACUUGAAUGCAAAGAUGACUGACGUGGUCGUAGACGGCAAGUUGGAGGCGGUGAAACAGGCAACGAAAUAUGUCAAAGAGACCGAAAACGUCGCGGAAAAAUAUUCUGCGAUGACGGUCAGCAAAAACAGCGACAUGAACAUGAAUGUGGGCGAAUUGCAGUCCGCCGCAUUUACUGCGGUGCCUACUCUGAAAUCCGUCAAGAAGAUCCAGUUUGCCAACGCGGAGGAUAAACAGGAGUUCCAGAAGUAUCCCACCAAAGCCGGCCGGCGCUCCCUCUCCCGCUCCAUCUCCCAGUCCUCCACAGACAGCUACAGUUCAGCUGCCUCAUACUCCGACAGCUCUGACGACGAGACGUCCCCCAGGGACAAGGUCCAGACCAACUCCACUGGAAGCAGUGACUUCUGCGUGAAAAAUGUCAAACAGGCUGAGUUUGGGAGGAGGGAGAUCGAGAUCGCAGAGCAAGAUAUGUCAGCCCUGAUCUCUUUGAGGAAGAGAGCUCAAGGAGAGAAGCCUCUAGCUGGAGCCAAGAUUGUCGGCUGUACCCACAUCACAGCCCAGACCGCAGUUCUGAUUGAGACUCUGGUAGCUCUGGGGGCUCAGUGUCGUUGGACAGCCUGUAACAUCUACUCUACUCAGAAUGAAGUGGCCGCUGCCCUGGCAGAGACCGGUGUUCCUGUGUUUGCGUGGAAGGGUGAGUCAGAGGAUGACUUCUGGUGGUGCAUCGACCGCUGUGUCAACGCCGAGGGUUGGCAGGCCAACAUGAUCCUCGACGACGGAGGGGAUCUGACCCACUGGGUUUAUAAGAAGUACCCCAGCGUCUUCAAGAAAGCUCGGGGCAUCGUUGAGGAGAGUGUCACUGGAGUGCACAGGUUGUACCAGCUGUCCAAGGCGGGGAAGCUGUGUGUCCCAGCCAUGAACGUCAACGACUCAGUGACCAAGCAGAAGUUUGACAACCUCUACUGCUGCCGGGAGUCCAUCCUGGACGGGUUGAAGAGGACGACGGACGUGAUGUUCGGGGGCAAACAGGUGGUGGUUUGUGGUUACGGGGAGGUCGGGAAAGGCUGCUGCUCGGCUCUCAAGGCCCUGGGAUCCAUUGUCUGCAUCACGGAGAUUGACCCCAUAUGUGCCCUGCAAGGCUGCAUGGAUGGGUUUCGGGUGGUGAAGCUCAACGAAGUAAUUCGCCAGAUGGAUUUAGUGAUUACCUGCACAGGCAACAAGAACGUGGUUACCAGGGAACAGCUGGACCGGAUGAAGAACGGCUGCAUAGUAUGUAACAUGGGACACUCCAACACCGAGAUCGAUGUGGCAAGUCUACGGAGCCCUGAGCUCACCUGGGAGAGGGUACGUUCCCAGGUUGACCAUGUGAUCUGGCCCGAUGGCAAGAGGGUUGUCCUGCUGGCUGAGGGUCGUCUGCUGAACCUGAGCUGUUCCACAGUACCGACGUUUGUCCUGUCGAUCACAGCCACCACUCAGGCCCUGGCUCUGAUUGAGCUGUUCAAUGCUCCGGAGGGACGCUACAAACAGGACGUAUACCUGCUGCCUAAGAAGAUGGAUGAGUACGUGGCCAGCUUGCACCUGUCCAACUUCGAUGCGCACCUGACCGAGCUGUCUGACGAGCAGGCCAAAUACAUGGGCCUGAAUAAGAACGGACCCUUCAAGCCCAACUACUACAGGUAUUGAUGGGGAACGAACAAUGACCAGAGGCCGGCAACCAA